UCAAAAAUAGCUGAAAUUAAGAAUCACUCAUUGUGAAUAGUAAUUCAAGAACCAACGGAUCAGAUAGCUGAGGAACUAAGGCAGAACAGCGUGAGGCAAACUUUACUCGAUUCUUCCGAGCGCGUUUUCAAUACAACUUAACUUUGCUGCGAGAGAGAUGUCUUCAACGCAAAAGACUGUAGAUGCAGAGGAUUCACCCAGUGAUGGAGCCUUCAAGGAACUUCACAAGCACAUCAAUGACGUCUAUGACAUUCUGAAGCACGAGACGAACAAGCUUCGCAAGGAGAAGGAAGCUUUUGACGAGGUGGCGAAGAAGCUGGAACAUGUUCACUUCUCAAAGAUGUUGAAACUGAAUGUUGGCGGCCAUAUGUUCACGACAAGUCUAGAGACCAUGACUAAAGAUCCAGGUUCCAUGUUACACGCCAUGUUUUCAAGCAGAUUUGACACAAAACCUGGUGAGGAUGGAUCUUACUUUAUUGAUCGAGACGGAACCCACUUUCGUUACAUCCUGAAUUAUCUGCGCACGGGGGAGCUUAUCGUCCCUAAUGACGAGAUCAUUCGUAGAGAACUGCUGGCAGAGGCCAAAUUUUAUCAGGUCGAAGGAAUGAUAAACGAGCUGGAACCAACGCCAUCAGCAGAUCCAAUCCCUGUAGCUGUAGUUCAACCGUUCAAGGAUUCAGUGAUUCUCUCCUCCAGUCAGGGCCAGACUUUGAUGAAUUGGUUGAAGAACACAUCAGGCUUUUCCAACAGAGAUGAGCUUUUGUUGUACCGAGCUUCCAGAGAUGGUUGGGCUUCUUCCAACUUUCACUUCUACUGUGAUAACCAAGGACCAACUGUUGCAGUAAUUAAGAGUGGAAAUAACAUAUUUGGAGGAUACACUGAACAAAGUUGGGAUAGUGGUAGUGGAUCAUAUAAAAGUGCAGAAAACUCGUUUCUGUUCAGUCUUGUCAACCCGAGUGGUCUGUCACCAACAAAGAUGCAUUUGGAGAGUGGACAAGAAGGAAGAGCUAUGUGUUGUAACGGUAGCUUUGGACCAGUAUUUGGAGGUGGAAAUGAUCAUGAUCUUUGUAUUUCCAAUGCACCAAACUCCAACAACUGCUCUACAUAUUUGAAUAACGCUUACCAAUGUCCAUCAGGACAAAAUCCUAAGGUAUUUUUAACAGGAUCAGUCAGUAUUUCAGGGUGA